AUGUCCCUCCAGCGGACCGGCUCUGCGUGUAAGCUCCUCACUCAUCCCAGGGGCGAUACCACUGACGCACCCGCAGCCGUGCGAGAAGCACUGAACAUCCUGGGCAUCCGGUGUUUCCACGGAUUCGACCUGUGGCAUACGUCCCCCGAGCUCUACGGCCUGUGGCUGGAUGUCGUGCGUGCCAAGUUUCGCAGCGACAGUCACCCGCCCGAAUACACAGGAAAAGGCGUGCACUGCCAGCGUGAAAGCUGGGACCGACUGCUGGGCGAUUUUGGCGGCGCGUCCGACGCCCCAUGCAUUGCGUUUGCCGACGAGCUGCGUCUCGUGUACCCAGAAGCGAAAGUCAUUCUGGUCGAGCGCGAUCCUGAUACCUGGCUGGAGAGCUUCAUGGAGGUCAUCGGCAAUGAGCUCGGGGGCCCGACGCUCACAUUGAUGGCCUGGCUUGACCCGUGGCAGUUGGGUCCGCUCCUUAAGGUCGUCCGGAUAUCAAUGCAGGGGCUGUUUGGGGGCCUGUCCAAAGAGCAUUUCUGGGCGAACGCCGUCCGGGUGUACAGAGAGCACUACGCCCAUGUCAAGGAAAUCACGCCGCCGGAGCAAUUGUUGGAGUAUCGGCUCGGGAGUGGAUGGGAGCCCCUGUGUGAAUUCCUAGGCAAGCCCGUUCCCAACCAGCCAUUCCCGCGACUGAACGAGCGGGGGGCGAUCCGCAAAGGCACGAUGUGGUACCUGCGACGGCAUUUGAUGAAGUUGGCGGGAGCGUGUUGUGUGGGAGUGGGUGUGCCAAUGCUGGUCAGCUGGUGGAUCCGGCCGACUUCGCGAUAUCAUCACGGCGAACGUCAAACCACUCAGAUCCCAAUCGUGCCUCUCCGCAACCAUGGCCGGUCCCAGCAAGUGUAUGUCCACUACGCCCCCUUUGCGUGCUCUCUGUCGAGACUGACCCUCCCAGCCCUGGUCCUUGACCCGGCCCUGCAGAAAUACUACGAACUCAACGCCAACCGCUACAAGUACUUUCGGUGGACCCCGCGUCAUGCCUUCUUCUCCUUCAUCUACAUGGGCCUGAUCCCCGGCGUGCUCGGAUACAUUGCCUACAAGACGGAUGGGAAAUACGAGUUCCGCGGAAAGCGAAAGGAAGACACCAUCUCGGAGUACUAG